AUGCACAAAGAGAGGGAGAGAAAGGGAAAGAAAGAGCUUAUUGAUUUUUUUUUCUGUUUCUCUUUGUCUCUGAUCUCUACAGACACUGAUGAAUGCCAAGAUGAGGCAAAAUGUAGAGAUGGUGAAUGCAUGAACACAUAUGGCUCAUAUCAGUGUUUCUGCACCCCUCCUAUGGUUCUGGCAAUGGACAACACACACUGCAUAUUACCCGACGUAGCAGGGCAAAGUGAAGCUGACUUAUACUCAGGGGUUUGCUGGGAGAGAGUAACUGAAAACUUCUCCUGCGCAAAUCCUAUCCCCAACAUACACACCUCAUUCACAGAGUGCUGCUGUUUGUAUGGAGAGGCCUGGGGCAACGAUUGUGCUCUCUGCCCUGGGAAAAAUACAGACUCCUAUGCCCAAAUGUGUAAUAUCCGUCGACCGUAUGGUCGGGAUGCUCUGGUCGCUGGCCCAAUUGGGGUCAGCCCUGAUUAUAACCCUCAACCUCUGAAUCCUGACGGCACGCUUCCAUACAUUGAAGAUUACGAUGAACCAAGAAAUCCAUAUGAUGCAUUUGAAGGACUGCGAGCAGAGGAGUGCGGUGUGCUGAACGGAUGCGAGAACGGUCGGUGUGUGCGGGUACAGGAGGGAUACACCUGUGACUGCUUCGAUGGAUACACACUCGACAUGUCCCGCAUGGCCUGCGUGGAUAUCAACGAAUGCUCCGAGCUGAACGCAAAGAUGUCUCUUUGCAAGAACGGCAACUGCAUCAACACACAAGGCUCUUAUAAGUGUGUGUGCCUUCCAGGAUUCAUCCUCUCUGCCCAGCACAACUACUGCGUGCCCCACAGACAAAAUGCCACCAGUACGGGCACAGAGUGACCAGCAGAGGGCGCAAGAUGCUAAAAACACUCUUAUUUAAUCGAGGCCCAUAUAUUCUGCACUGUAUAAAAACAAACACCCUAAAACAACCCUACAAAAAUCCUACUUGAGAUGAAGAGAGUUUAAUGUGCCAUCUUAUGGUGUCUAUGAGAGAACUGUAUAAAAUAUUUGUUUUAUCGCUCUAUGUAAGUAUAUUAUUUUUUACUGUAUUAGGAAGUAGAAAAGGUGUGAACAUAGCAGAGGUGAUAUUUCAGCAAACUGACAAACCCUAUGACCUUAAACUGGGGGACUGCUUUAUUUUACCCAGUCAAAGACACCAAGCGUGUGGAUAUUUUAUAUUGCAAAAGCCAAACACUCUCCCUUGUGCUUUUAUUUUUUUUAUUUUCAAGUUCUUUACUUCCUUUUAGUCUGUUACCGAAUAAUUAAUUAUCUGAUUUUUCUUUCUUGUGCUUUUCUGUUCACUUUUUACACCAAACACACACUUGCAAUGCAUUCAUAGGAAACAUACACGGCACAAAAUGUCAAGUCUUUAAAAUAAGCUUUUUAUAUGAGCUGCUUUGUAUUAAUGACAGACGCCAGCUAUUUUUCUGUGUCUGGGACAUUAGUUCACUGCGGAUGUCUGCCCUGUGGAGCAGGCAUGACCUUUAACCUCAGCUUUUCUUCUAGAAAUUAUUCUUAUUUUUUCUUUAAAAAGAAAAUAUUAAAAUGAAGUGCCUUUAUGUUUUUUUUUUUUUUUUUUUUUUUUAGACAGAAAUUCUGCAUUUAAUAGACUUGGGGAAAUGUCUUGCCAGGUUGCAAAGCUGCUAUUAAACAGCCGUGGGAUUUAAAUUUUGUUUAGUUUUUUCACUCUAUUUCUCUCUCUCUUAUUUUUUUCUUUUUUUUUUUGUACAUUUAAACUGAAGAGUUGAUAAACUAUGUAUUUGUAAUUUGUACAUGAAUAAAUACCUUCUAAAUAUCCCAAAAUAAUGUAUUAAAACUCUUUAAAUAAAUCAGAGAGGUUAGUUUAUACAUA